AUGCCAGCUACGUCUGGUGCGCCCACGAAAAAGCCAGCUGCGAACAAGCUGACCAUCAAUGCCAUGGUGGAUGACAUCAAGACGGCUGCUUCGUCCAAGGAUGAUGAGGAAGAGAACCAAUUGCGCGACAAAGGAAAAGCCGAGAAAUUCGGCAAAUUAAUGAAGGCUGGGGCAUUGCCGCUAGCUGUGGUUCACAUGUGGCAAAUCGAGUCCAAGAAAGCGCAGAGCCAACGGCAGUUCCAGACGAAUCUGAUCAAUGGACUGUUCAACAAGCAAACUGAUGGAUCCUACAAGAUGAACACGGAGUCUCACCAGUUCAAAGAGUACCAGAAGAUCUACGUCCAACACGUCGCCAAGGACAAGAAGAAGGGAAUGGCCAUGGAGGCUAGCCUUGCUAAGGGCGAGUUGCAGUCGCACAAGGACGAUGCGGGUAUGGAGUACCUAAGCUUCCGUGAGCUGCAAACCAUGGAGGUCAAGACCAACGAACGUGGUGAAACAGUUGAGGGGUCCAAGAAGCUCAAAAGCCAGGAGGCCCACACGUUGGCGGGGCUCAUGUCGAAGAUGAAGUGGGAGUGGGUCUGCAAGAAGGAUGCUCAUCUGCCUGAAGGGUUCCUCAAGACGCUGGCCAAGGCAGCCACGGCGUGCGACAAGUUGCUGAAAGAGGGCUUGAAGCUUUCCAAGGAAAGGGGCUUGGCGGAGAAGGAGGGAGCCCUCAAGGCUGCCUACGCCGACCUGACCAAGCACCAGAGCCAGAUUGAACACGUCAAGACUUGGAAGGAACUCCCGAACACCGAUGGCCCACUCACCAAAGGCGCCUUGGACAACUUCUUGCUUGACAUUGCCCGGGACGUUGACAAGUACAACAAAGAGAUCGAAAGCGUCAAGGGCAUCCUCAAGGCAAGGUUGUGCCGCUCGCCGUCCAUGGAGACGGCGUGCCGGUGGCAAGGCGGCCGCUUCCCCAAAUUGCGGGGCAAAGCUGCCGAGGUCAGGCACUUCGGGGCAGCUUUGCACGCUUUAUGGAAUGCUCACAUGAACCCUCAUUUGAUUCUUCAUCGCCGGAUCAACUUGAUGUUGCAGUUAAACUGCCAGCUGGAGAACAUGAUCACAGAGUACAAAGACGACUUCGCGUUCCCCCCUGGGCCUGCUGAGGACUUCGAAAACACAUGCACGACAAUGCUCCAAUUGCAAACCCAAGUUGCUGAACAUUUCUUGGAAGAAGGUAUUGCCUAUUUCGACGUGACUUCGAAAUGUCACAUGCUGCAAGAGCUCGCCAUCCUGGCUCGUCACAUCAACCCUCGGCUCAUUUGGGUGUUUUGCGGGGAAGACAUGAUGCAAAAGAUGCAACAAGUGGCGCAGAGCUGCACCAGGGGCAACACCCCGGGCCAAACCAAUUUGAAAAUGGCCCGCCACUACCGCCUCGGAUUGCAUUUCUUGUUCAAGAAACGUCACGGAUGA